AUGGAGCAUGGCAUGGCAGAGACCUCCGCGCUCUGCCCAGCGCAGUAUCCUGACAAUAAGCAGCAAGAUGAGCGGGGGAAAGAGACAGACAGACUGAGCCCGGGGAGGGGUCGGGUCGUGCUGCAGGGAGCAGGAGGGCUCGGCAGCGGGGGGGCAGCCCGGGCUCAGCCCCGCCGAGCCGCCCGGCCAUGCGAGGCACCGGCCGCAGCCGACCCAGCCGGCCCCCCCCAGCGCCGGGCCCCUUCGCGCCGGCUGGCCCUCGGGCGUCCGCCCGCAAGUGAAGAAUAUGAGACGAGGUGGUUGCUGAGUGAAGAAACUGUUGCCUCUGCUAUGGAGUCAGGUACCUGUGUAAUGCUCCCACUGGUUUCCUGCCUCCACUCCCUGCAGCUCUGGACCGUCCUGCUUGUGGCCUUAGCAGUCUCUUCACAUGGUGUCUGGUCACUUCGUUCCCGGAGUCCCCUUGCUCCUCGGCCACUCUGUGCCCGUCGCAGCCCCUCAGCUGCCAGGCCUGUUUGCAUUUGGGACAAGAUCUCACCAUCAGAGAGAGACUCUCGCUUCAUCACACUGCGCCAGCGAUCUCUGAUGCCACGGGACGGGGAGCUGCGUCAUGUGAUGCGGCUGAGGCGCCAGGCCCCAGGGGCCCGGCCUGCCACCCCCUCUGGGUUUGAGGAGGGGCUGCCUUCAUCCCAGUACCCCUGGGCCAUUGUAUGGGGCCCCACAGUGUCAGAUGAGGAUGGAGGUGACCCCAACUCAGCCAAUCCAGGCUUCCCACCUCUGGGUUACACCUUUGUUUCACCACAUGGGAUGGCGACAGCACAACCCAACUCCCACUCACUGCUGCACAAUGCAGGGCUCAACCUGCGGGAGACCCCCGCCACGCUGAGGCCCUUCUUGUUUGGGCCCCGGGGGGAAGGUGUGGAUCCUCAGCUGUAUGUUACUAUCACAAUCUCCAUCAUUAUUGUCCUAGUUGCCACUGGGAUAAUAUUCAAGUUCUGCUGGGACCGUAGUCAGAAGCGUCGUCGUCACUCUGGCCAGCGGAGUGGGGUGCAGCAGCAGGAGAGUCAGCAGCCACUCACAGACCUGUCGCCCACCACAGUCAGCAUCCUGGGACCCUACGGAGACACACUGGUCCCGACACCUGAGACAGAGGAGCCCAGGCAGGUCCAGGAGGGUGUAGAGAAACUGGGGGGCCAGGGGAAAAGCAGGACCUUCCAGCUCAACCGGAUCCCACUGGUAAAUCUGUGAGAGCGGCAGAGCUGGCUUCCACAACCCCUCUUGUCACAUCCAGGGAGUGUUCUGUUGCCUCUGCUACACCAGGAAUGAUUUGCUUGUGUCACAACUUUCCACCACCAUCAUUUACUUAACCAUCCCAGGAUGUACUCGGGAAAUGGACAGACUGGGCCUCACUGGUCCCAUGCCGCAGGGGAGAGGAAGCAUGGGGGUAACCCACAAGAUGGGGUGACAAAGAAGCGGGGGGCACAAGAGCAGUUGUUGGUGUGAAAUCUAAACCUCCUGACCCUCCCCCAACAUAUACACACGCACUUUGAUCUCUGAGGAUAACCCACCAGUGCAUGCCUAACAUGGGGGUAGGGGAGGUGGAGAGGCAAGGUCCUACCCCCAGUCCCAACCCCUCUGUUCCUUCCUGUGUUGUGUGCUUUGAAGUGUCUUUCAACUAGCUGGAGCUCCGUGGUUGCAGAAUUCCCAGCCUUAGGCAGGGAUUCCAAUGGAGUGGGGGGGUGUCUUCUGCUAAGGCCUUGACCUCUCCUGAGGGAUCCAGGUGCUGGCAGCAGCUAGUGGUGGGUGUUGGGAAGACCUCACUCAGCACCUUCCCCCCAUUCCCUGGGGGAACCUUGCCUCUCCCUCUGUCAGUUCUGUCUUUUUGUUUUCUCUUUCUCCCAAUGUUCCUCCUUCUCUCUCUGUCUCUUCCUCUAUCACCCGGUCAUUAUCAUCUUCUCUCUCUCACUGGGAAAGGCUGCAGAAUAGUUUCCAUGCUCGCCCUGCUUCCAGGCACUCAGAUCUUUUCGACCCCACCUCACCAAGAUUUGGUCUCCACUCCAAGGUGAUGUUUUCAGAAAACUUGAGGCAAAAUCCUCUGGCCAUUUUGUAGUUCAGGAAGUAUGAAAAACAAGCCUGAGCAGGGUAACUGCCCUGCAUACAAUCCUGUGCAAGUCUUUUAUAGGGCUACUGCAAAAUCAGUUGAAGCAUGGCACGUGGAGAUGGACGGCUGGGAACUGAGGCCUUGGCUAGGUGUUGGGUGGGGAAGUGGUUUGGAUUUAACAAAGGUCUGAUGAUGGUUUCAGCUGAGCCUUCUAUCAGGACCCAAGCAUCCCAAAUGGGGUGAGGAAAAGGCAGUGGAGGCAGUGAGGGACUGAUGCCACAGGACUGGCAAAGAAGGGACCCACCCUGUCCAUGUUGCAAAAGGGAGCAGUUCAGAGGCCACAUAUGGGAAUAUUUUGAGGGUGCUAUAUACCAUUCAGUUAUUCCUGGACUGCCCCCAGCCCGUCAGACAGCACUUCUGAGAGAUGGAGAGAAGGACAGACAGAGGUGGGAUAUUCACAGGCAAUUAGGAUGAGGCCGAAUACCUAGGACACAAUAGCUAUGUCAUCACUGCCAGAAAAGGUGUGUUUGUACAAUCCUAGUGGAGACAAAGCUCUGGAGUCUCUGUCAUGAUGGAGCUAGUUGAGGUCAACUAUUGGUUGGGGGUAAAACAUUGACCUCAUCUACCUGUCUUGCAGUAAAUAGUGCCUGUGCCUUGUCCCCACUAGGAUUUUACAGUGAGCUAGCCACGAAAGCUCAUGCUCCAAUACGUGUUAGUCUAUAAGGUGCCACAGGACUCUCCGCUGCUUUUACAGAUCCAGACUAACACGGCUACCUCUCUGAUACUUUUCUAGUAUAGAUGAGGCUUAAAUUUAGGUUAUCAGAUCUUCAAUCCAUUUACCUGAUGAGCUAGGGAUGACUGUUAUGCCUUCCCAUUUGCAGCAAGAAAUGACAUAAAAAAUGUUUGUGGCACAUACUGCUAAUUCAGUGCAUGCUGAUUGUUUU